CCAAAUCUGUGCAACUCAUUCACAGGCAGCUCCAAGACCCCAUCCCUGGACUUGUAUGAAUACCGGUAAGCAGCAGAAGCCAGUGCUCACAGGCCAGAGGUUCAAGACCAGGAAAAGGGAUGAAAAGGAGAAGUUCGAGCCCACAGUGUUCAGAGAUACGAUUGUUGCGGGUCUGAACGAGUGCGGCCGGGACCUGGAGGCCGUGUCCAAGUUCUUAGACGUGACAGGAUCUCGAGUGGACUACAGGAGAUAUGCAGACACGCUCUUCGACAUCCUCAUCGCAGGGAGCAUGCUCGCUCCAGGGGGCAGUCGUAUCGAUGAGGGGGACGACUCCAAGGUGACGUCGGCCUGUGUGUUUAGUGCAGAGGAGAGCCACGCUGCACUGCGCCUCUACGCCCAGGUCUUCAACAAACUCAUCCGGAGGUACAAGUAUUUGGAAAAGGCCUUUGAGGAGGAGGUGAAAAAGCUGCUGCUCUUCCUGAAGGCCUUCACUGAAUCGGAGCAAACCAAACUGGCCACGCUGACGGGGAUCCUGCUCGCCUCCAACAUCCUGCCCCCCGCCAUCCUCAGCAGCCUGUUCACAGAGAGCGUGGUCAAAGAGGGCAUCUCUGCGUGCUUCGCUGUCAAGAUGUUCAAGUCGUGGAUCGCAGAGAAAGACGCAAACUCCGUCACGUCCUCUUUAAGGAAGUCCAGUCUGGACAAGAGACUUCUGGAGCUGUUCCCUCCGUCGAAGCAGAGCGUGGAUCACUUCUGUAAAUACUUCACCGAGGCCGGACUCAAAGAGCUGUCGGACUUUCUGAGGGUGCAGCAGAGUCUGGGCACUCGCAAAGAGCUUCAGAAGGAGCUGCAGGAGCGACUGGACCAGAGCCCGCCCAUAAAAGAGAUGGUGCAGUACGUGAAGGAGGAGAUGAAGAAGAACGAGCUGCAGGAGCCUGUGGUGAUGGGUCUGCUCUGGACCUGUCUCAUGAACGCUGUGGAGUGGAACAAGAAGGAGGAGCUGGUGACCGAGCAGGCCCUCAAACAUCUCAAGCACUACGCCCCCCUGCUGGCCGCCUUCAGCUCUCAGGGUCAGUCUGAGCUGGUCCUGCUGCUCAAGAUCCAGGAGUACUGCUACGACAACAUCCACUUCAUCAAGGCCUUCUCCAAGAUCGUGGUGCUUUUCUACAAAGCUGAUGUUCUGAGUGAGGAGGCCAUCCUGAAGUGGUACAGAGAGGCGCACUCGGCCAAAGGGAAGAGCGUUUUCUUGGAGCAGAUGAGCAAAUUUGUGGAGUGGCUCCUGAACGCUGAAGAAGAGUCUGAGUCUGAGGGGGAGGAGGGCUGAAGGAAACGUGACCCGCACACACGAGGGUCCAUCCUGUGUCUGUGAGAAUCUCCACGAGCGUUUGGACACAGGGCCUUUGUUUUGCUUUGGAAAACAGAUACAACAUUUUACAACAGCAUUUUAAUAUGACGAUGUUUUCACCUUUUUAUGAAUAAAGUGAUUUUAUAUUUA